UGGAAAUAUUUUUUUUUUAUUUGACGCUUCGGAUUGUUCUUUUUAUUUUUAAAUGUACUUUCAUCCGACAUCAUAUCUCAUUAAAGUAACGUUAUAAAAUUCACUAAAACUUAAAACUUUUCCCAGGCAUGCUUGAUAAGCAGUUUAGGCUAGAUUAAUGUUAUCCUCUUUGCUGAGAUAUCUGGCUGUGUUUUCGAAGUAAGCAUACUGUGUAAUAAACAGAUGAUGUCCGAGUCAUACUGCAGAAAUGCAUAAAUGCUAAUAUCCAUACAUUGUUGGGGGGGCGUCCUUUUAAAGGUACUUCAUUCAACUGCAAAUAACGCAGUAUUUCUCACAAACUCACCUUACAAGCAAUUACUUCAUAUACCAGCAUGCGACAGCUUAAAGUGGCAUACUUAAUGCGUUAAACUCACUCGGUGCUCUACUGUUUACAUUGUACGUCAGAUAUUUCUUUCAUGAUCCAUACCUUCCUCCGUGUCUAUGAAACCAACUGGUGAUAGCACUAACAGUCCAGUUAAGCACAGAGUGAAAAGUUGUGUAUUGAGAAUCCAUGUUAAAAUUUACACAAAAAAUAAUGCCGCUUGAUAAUGCGUAAUAAAUGUUUAAUGUAUGUAUUCCUAUUAGCCUAUUCGUUUGUCGUUGUCGUUUUAUUUUUCCUCGAGAGAAAAUAACAGAAUAUCUUACUGGAUCACUUCGUUACUUAGUAAACAUGUUAAGUAAAUACACACAUUAUGUGGAAAAGGCAAAACACUGCUCAUUCACCCAUGGCACUGAUCAGACUGAUUGACACCACUGAUACUGUUUCUAUAAUCCCGAAUAAAUUUACUGUGUGUUCACGCUUCGGUACAUUUUGUUUCAUUCUCCUCCCCGCCAUGUUAUAGUAGGCUGCAGAUUUCCCUUGUGCAUUUCACGCUGCAGGUGCAAUGGCUCGGAGUUACUGAUAGCCCGGCGUCUUCACAAAUCCAUCUCCUUCUGCUCCUUCCUUCCAUCUCCACACGCUGUUUUUCUGCUUACCUUUUACAUUUUGCUGUGCUGCCGUCGUCUAAACUAGGUGUUGCAUCCUGCAGUCUUGCCCGGGUUUGCGGUGCCUCUUAAAGAAACACCCUACACUUUUUUUCUUUCUUUCUUUUUGAUUUCUCAAUGCUUCUCUGAAUGGAUUACGUUUUUCCUAAUCAAAGAGUUAUUCAUUAACCAUUGGGAUUGGGAAAUGGAUGUUUAACAAGCUGCUGAAGGAGAGCGAUAUGCGUUUUAACUCUUUUGUGGCUGAGAAACCCGUUUGAUUGAGUGGAGGAUGUCUUCUCUUCAUGCUCAUGACAAGAAAAGAGGGAGAGAAUGAGAUUAACAAAAAAAUUUACGAUACGAGUUUCUUUAUCACAUCUGGGGGCUGUGUGAGUCAAGCAAGUAAAAUAAAACUGGGGGGGAAAGCGUCCAGGAUGGAUUUACGUGAUUCCAAAGGAUUUACCCUUUGAUUGGGGAUUGAAGAAGAAUUGGCAAAUCCCUUUUUAAUAUAUUUUUUCCUCGGAAGAUUGCAAAGGUGGAGCGAUUAGAAAAGGCUGAUGUUGGACCUAUUAAUCCUGUCUGUGCACCAAAAGCACCAAAACAGCUUAGAAACCUUUGGAUGGAAAUCAAGCGGGUGUUUGGACCUGUUCUUGGUUUUAUAUGAAACUGGUGAUUAAUACUAGUUACCCAUUGGAUUGACUGUAAUACUUGGAAAAAAAAUACUUUUGGGUGACAUCGCAGUGGCUAACAUUUUUUUUUAAUUUUCCAAUAUAAUCAAUCAUUUCCACUUGAAGAGUUUCUGAAUCUAAAUGGAAUUAGUUGAGAUUGAAGCCCCUUGUGAAAGGAACAGACAUGGUACAUGGGCACAGUUUGUUUUACGUUGCUGCAAGUCUCAUCAUACUCGGGUUGUCCGGGGCAACAAAGAAAGAAGCAGUGAAAAACAAUUCAGGAGUCCAGCCAGCAGGUCAAUGUGGGACCUGGGUGAAGGAACCAGAAGGGGGGUUGUUCACCUCUCCAAAUUACCCCAACAAAUACCCCCCAGAGCGAGAGUGCAUUUACAUUAUUGAAGCUGCCCCUAAACAGUGCAUUGAUCUCUACUUUAAUGAGAAGUACUCAAUAGAGCCUUCAUGGGAAUGCAAAUUUGAUCACAUUGAAGUUCGGGACGGGCCAUUCGGCUUCUCUCCAAUCAUCGGACGGUACUGUGGUCAGCAGAGUCCGCCUUAUAUCAGAUCUAGUGGCCGCUAUCUUUGGAUAAAAUUUGUUGCUGACGGUGAAUUGGAGGCUACUGGAUUUUCUGCAACAUACAACUUCACUCCAGAUCCUGACUUUAAAGAUCUGGGAGUCCCGAACCCUCUGCCCUUCUGCGAGUUUGAGAUGGGGGGACCUGAAGGCAUCGUCGAGUCACUGCAAAUCGCGAGGGAUGGCAAGGCCUUGCAAACCGAGGCCGUGGACUGCAGGUGGUACAUCAGGGCCCCCCCACGGUCGAAGAUCUACUUGCGGUUCCUCGAUUACGAGAUGCAGAACUCGAAUGAGUGCAAGCGCAACUUCGUGGCGGUGUACGACGGCAGCGGCUCCGUAGAGGACCUGAAGAGCAAGUUCUGCAGCACGGUGGCCAACGACAUGACGCUGGCAUCAGCGCUGGGCGUGAUCCGCAUGUGGGCCGACGAGGGAAGCCGCAAGACCCGGUUCCGCAUCCUUUUUACCACUUUUCAGGAGCCCCCGUGUGAAGCAGACACUUUUUUCUGCCACAGUAAUAUGUGCAUCAACAACUCUCUGGUGUGCAAUGGGGUGCAGAACUGUGUCUACCCCUGGGAUGAGAAUCACUGCAAAGAGAAGAGGAAAGCUAACAUUCUGGACAACCUCAACAACACGAACGGGACGAUAAUCGGAGUCACCUGUUGUAUCGUGAUUAUCCUACUUAUCGUCUCCGUCAUAGUUCAAAUAAAACAGCCUCGCAAAAAGUACAUAAUCAGGAGAGACGACUUCGACCCGACUAUGUUUCAGGAGGUCUUUGAGCCCCCACACUACGAACUGUGCACGUUGCGCAGCGCCGCAGCCUCCGCCGAGCUGGUGGACCUGGCCGAUGACCUGGAGACCUACCAUAAACUCAGGCGCUCCUCCUCCCGAUGUAUUCACGACCAUCACUGUGGAUCCCAGCUGUCCAGCGUCAAGGGCAGCCGCAGUAACCUCAGCACGCGGGAAGCCACCAUCCUGACGGAGAUCCAGCCGCAGCCGGUCAGACCCCUGAUCCCGCCCACCAAUCGCAGGAGCAUCCUGGUGAUGAAGCACAGCUACUCACAAGACGCCACCGACGGCUGCGACCCGGACGAUGACAUGGAAGAAGUGCCGACCACAAGCCACAGGCUAUCCCGACACGAUAAAGGAGUGCAGCGGUUCUGCCUCAUUGGGUCACUAAGCAAACAUGAAUCCGAGUACAACACAACUAGGGUCUAAGAGACAGUCUCAAGGUAAGGACUCAGUACAUGGACCCAUCCCCCUGUUUUGUCAAAUCAUUGUAAUUCAGUGUAAGUCCACAUAUGCUGCCACACUUGAUUUAUCCUAAAUGUGGGUGCUUCUCACUACUGGCAAAUGGUUUCUGUUUGUGUUGUAAAUUAAUUUCCAUUUCAAUGAUUUGUUUACCAGCCAUAUUUGUUGGUAGGUUUGCAUAUUAUUUCUGUCCUUGUAGUUUUUGCUUGUGUGUCUUGAGUCACUGAAUGUUUGAUUUUUGUUUAUCCAUAUGCAUAAAUUUUAACAUUUGGUAGAUAUUUUCAUCUAAGGAGAACGCCCUUUUUUAUGUUUGCGCUGAUGCAGACGACAGUCAGUUAACAGUAUUUGCUAAUAUUAUGCAUAAAUUCCACGUAACACUUUGUGUCAUGUUAUACUUCAGUCAUCUUUAUUCAUAAUGUAAUCAGUAAUAGUUUUUAAAUUAAUUUUGCUUCCAUGAUCUAAAAUUAAUUGGGUCUGUGAAUAAUACAAUACAAUGAUUAUGAUCUUUUGUAAUCUAUAGGGGCCACUUGCAAUGAGCAGUGUUAGUAUGACUGGCUUAUGUUUGAGAGACAGGUCCCCUUGAGCUAGCCAGCGGGAACCUGAUUUCUCUGGUGAGGGAAUCAAGUGUAUUGCAGCUACAGUGGUAAAAAUAAUUGAAGAUAUUAUUUUGUUCUUCUUCUUCUUAGAAUAAAACCAAAAACAGAAAGAAACAAGACUUCGACCGGUGUCCACUUUUUUCCCCACCCGGCCAUUCAAGCUGAAAUUUUGCAAUGAAGUGCAACAUCUGUUAUAUUCACAUCCUGAGAUCUGACAUAAGCACACAUUUCCUUAGUGCUUUCUCAACAAGGGCAUAAAUUCCAGAAAGUUCACCAUCCCUCUAUUGAGUCUUAGGUAGGGUUGGUGUGCUUCUCAAAUGGAACAAAUUUCAAGUCUCUCCCAGUUGUCUAGAGUUAUAUUUACAUAUUUUGCAGUGGCAGGCCUAUAGCCAGAAAUAAUUUUUGUGGGCGGUCCAGCAGCCUUACUGAUAGACCUCUAGGUAAAUUUUCGCCAACCAAUGGGGGAUCUCCCGUUGUAGAUUUUGCGGACUGGGGUCUCCCAUAAAUUUUGCCAAGCCGCUAAACCAGGGCUGUCAAACUCCAGUCUUGGGGGGGCCGGAGCUCUACACAUUUUGGGUUUCCUCUCAUUUAAUACACCCCAUUCAACUCCUUGUGCUAAUUACCACACAGCUCUUGAGAUGAAUGAUUUGUGGUGGAACAGGAAAAGGUACACACGGCUCUGGUGCUACACAAACCUUCAAGGCUGGGUCAUUUUAUUAUGUGGCUUUGUGUCUGAUCAGUAAAAAUCAUUUUGCGGGGGUUCAAAGCCAUAAUAAUAUGUGGCUAUAUGCUUCUUUAGCAGACACUUUUGUCCAAAGCAACAUUCAAGCAAGGCAAAUAGCACAUUGCAAAUAUAACUGCAGAUAGACUCCUAUUAAUGUCCAGUUCUAGGUACAAGUGUAGGCGGUAUUGCAGCAGGAGCUACACAACAGCCAUUAACAAAGUAAGAACCUAAUACGACAAUAGGACUAAUAUUUAAGGGUCAGAAGUGCAACAUAAGAGUAUUCAAUGAACAUAAAGAGGCAUCAAGUUAGUUGA